AUGAUGAGAAGUAGUAAUGCAGGCACCGCAGUAACUCUUACGACACCGAUGAUCUCCGAAAAUAUUGACAACAGUGAUACAUGCGAUAGGUCUAUGCUUGUUCAGUCGAUGUAUGCCGGUAGUUCUGGUUCAUAUCUAAUUGAGCAAGAGCGAGCACGUAGAAAUCGUCCAAAGCCACCUCCACCUGUUAAACCUACAACACUGAAGAAUAAAAUUGCCUAUAGAAAUAUCCAAAGCUCCUUUCCAGAAAUUUCGAAAUUUCACGUUUCAAUGGUUGACAAAAAUUUGCCGAAAGCUUCUUCUAAUACAGUUGAUUCAUCCGAAACAGCAACACACGAAAAAAGAAACAAUUAUAAAGGGAAAGUAAUAUGCACCUCAGAAGAUACCACAACAGAUUCUGAUCCAUUGUUUGAAGCAAUGCGAAUAACUGAUUUAUGUAUUGAAGAACUUAAGAGAGUUGAAAAUGAAUCAUCUACCUUGGAAUCUAGCGAGAAGCCAAAUAAUAGGACUACAAUUACCAAUAAACGAAUAAGUUUAAUUAAUGAAGAAAUCAAGAAACCUAAAAUGAAGCCACCGCCACCGCCAAUUCAAUCUCUUCAACGUCCUUCUGCCAAAGAUAGGAACAAGAUUGAGACUAUUGGGAAAAAAUUAAGUUUGGAAAAUGUUUUCGACACUAAUCAAAAUGUCACGCAGAAUAAUAUGGAUAGUAAUGAGAUUGGACCAUCAAAACCUCAUCGAUUUGAGAGGUAUUUGGACAGCUGGCAUAUACCCAGUGUACCAUCAAUACCACCACCAUCGCCACCGGUACUCUCACCUCAGGAUUCUGUUAACGACGGAAUGUAUGAAGAAAUUGAACAGCUAACCUAUGCAGAGGAAAAUGGUGAAAUUAAUAAAACGAAUUUGCUUGAUAGGCAAAUCAAUGGAGUCUUAGUGGAGGAAGGAAACUGUAACAAAAGUGGACAGGAUAAAUGUUAUGUUGAAGAAGAAGGAAACAAAUUAAAUGAUGGCUGUUCGAGUAGCAAUCACUUUGGGGCAAAGUUACGAGUGCCAGAUGAGGCGAAAUAUUAUUUGAAAAACAAAAAAAGUAAUAUGCAAACAAAUGAAAAAGCAAUUGCGAUGAGAAGGCCUAAAAGUGCUUUGGAAUUCUGUAAAUUAUUACGAAUUAAAUCCGAUAUUCAAUUAAAUAUCACGAAAAAGGUUGGCGAAAUCAAAUUCAAAGUAAGCUCAGUAUCGCAGGAAAGACAACAUUGUAAACGUCAUUCAUCGAUAUCAUACAUUGAUCGAGAGAAAUUAAAAAAUCAUGAUAAUGAUAAUAUUUUGGCUCAAAUAGAUUUUCCGUUAGAUGAACAAUGUAUUUAUGGUGAUGUUUGGUCAUCGGAUGAAGACGAUCAUAUUUCCAGCGUUAGGAACAAUACCUUUAAACAAGAGCAAACAAAAAAUCAAUCUGAUGAAGUGAUUAAUACUGGUAAAAAUGUGCCAGAUGAACCAUAUUCAAUGUUAUCAGAAAUUGAGCAUGAGCUUCGUCUCCGAUUUCAAUCUCAUGAUAAUAUUCCCGAUAUUGUCUCAAAGCGAAGAUCAAUGAGCGCCGAUCCAUUAUUGCAUGAUAGUGCUUUGAUGACAACCAGAACAGAAAAUACAUCAAGUGGCUGCAGACACAUCCAAGGUUGCAGUGAUACUGAUAAUUAUGGAGUUUGUUGUCAGACUAAAAGUGAUAAAUCGAAGUCAACGACAGAAGGUUAUGAAACUAUUAUUUCAUCAAUUACGCCAUCACCUGAUCAUAACUGUUUGCCGAGUACAUCAUCAGAUUAUACUCUAAAAGAAAUCGAUCGAUCGAUUUAUACUGCAAGAUUCAAUGGGCAGCUAAUUUAUGAAACGGAGGAGCAAGAAAUAACCGAAACGAGUUUUAGUGGAAAGAGUACCUCUAAGAUGCAACGAGCUACCUCAAACUCAUCAACAGACAGCGGACGUGGCGCAGAUUGCUCUACAACUAUAUCACAACUUACGUCUAACACAUCAAUGAGACGUGAUCGUUUGGUUGCAAGCAGCCAUUUCGCUAGUCAACGAUCAUUAUGGUGUGAACUUCCAGAGGUAAGAAGUGCAGGUUUACUGGAAAAGUUAGACGAAGAUACGAAAAAAAUGCAAGAAGCAUAUUUUGAAGUGAUCACCAGUGAAGCAUCUUAUCUUCGUUCAAUCAAUAUUCUAAUAACUCAUUUUAUGGCUGCACCUGAAAUGCUUGGUUCCAAAAGACCUUCAUCAGUGAUAACAAAUGAGGAACGAAAGCAACUGUUUAGCAAUAUAUUCGCUGUUCGAGAUUGUAGUGAAAAAUUAUUAUUAGAUUUGGAGAAUAGAUUACAAGAAAGUUUGGUAUUAUCCGAUGUUUGUGAUAUUUUAUGUGAUCAUUUUGAAACAAAUUUCGAUCCAUAUGUUAAAUAUUGCUCAAAUCAAGUUUAUCAAGAUCGAACACUUCGAAAACUCAAGUCUGAAAAUCCCGCAUUUCUUGCUUGCAUUCAACGCUUAGAAGGUGAUCGUCUAUGUCAAGGAUUAGAUAUGCGUUCAUUUUUGAUGUUGCCUAUGCAAAGAGUUACUCGUUAUCCACUUCUAAUGAUUGCAAUUCUUGAACAUACACAACAAGAUACAACAAAUUAUCAGACUGCCCAAAUUGCAUUACAUAUGGCCAAUCAUAUUGUCACUUGCUGCAAUGAAGGUGCUCGACAUAUGGAACGUACCGAGCAGUUGUUAGAAAUUGAACGUCACCUCGUUUACAAAUCAUCUGAUUUGCGGCGUAUUCCGCUAGUUUCAUCGGGACGUUAUUUAGUCAAACGUGGUUCACUUACGUGUUUGAAUGAGAGACGUACUAAAAAACUCUUAAAUACACGUCAACAAUUCCAGAGCAUAUAUAUUUUCCUUUUUAGUGAUAUUAUCAUGCUAACUAAAAAGAAACUUAAUGGAACUUACAUAUGUAAAGAUUAUUCCGCAAGAAGAUUUGUUGACAUUGAACCGGUUGAAAUUAAUGAUCCUAAGUUGUUGCAAUCGGUGACAACUCACAUUCCGUUAAAGAAGCCGCAUCUUUUCAUUUGUACAUUAAUGCAUAAUGCUGUAGGAAAACAAGUAGAACUUCUAUUGAAUGCAGAUUCAGAAAGUGAUCGUGAACGAUGGUUAUCAGCAUUACGACCACCUGCCUGUACUAAUCCGGAAGAAAAAAUCUAUGCUGAUUGGGAUUGUCCACAAGCUGUUGCUGUGCAUCGAUAUUCUCCUAAUCAAGAAGAUGAGUUACCGUUAGAGAAAGGCGAUCUAGUCAAUAUAUUACGAAAAAUGCCAGAUGGUUGGUUUUAUGGAGAAAGAGUUCGUGACUGGUACAGUGGUUGGUUUCCAUCUUCCUAUGUUCAGCAGGUACUCAAUGAUCAUGUUCGAGCAAAAAAUUAUCGCCAACGUUUACGGGUUAUUCAGGCAGCUGCUCUUUUACGUUUUCGUCAAAAGCAGAUGAAAUUAGGAGCUGAAGAAAAUGCUCGACAUCUGAUGGAACGAUUUCGUCGAUUGAGUAGCACCAAAAAUGUAUCGCAGAGUGGUUUAAGAUUAAAUUAG